GUGGAGGAGGAGGCGGUGACGGCGACAACGACGAGCGUUAAACGGGGGGCCGGCGCGCACCAGGAGCGCGCGCGGAGCGCCUCAGCGCCCCCUCCCCCUCGGGCUCCCUCAGCGGCCCUGGCCCGCAGCCCCGCUAGGAGGGCUGCUGUAAUAUAGAUCAUGAGCAGGUAAUGCACAAGGAGUGCUAUUGGGAAUCAUGUCGGACGAGUCAGUCUCAGGGAGUGAUCCAGAUGUGGACCCAGAUUUGGAGCAGGAGGAUAUGGAAGAGGAAGAGGAGGAAGAAGAUGAUGAGGAAGCAAUGGAAGAGGAUAAUGAUGGAGAUGAUGAAGAGGAUUUACUUGAUGAGAAUGAUCAAUCCCGUGAAGCAGUUUUUGAAAGUGAUCUUGUUCAACAUGGGGAAGAUGGAGAAUGGCAGCACUCUACUUCAACUACCUCAUCUCAGAGUGAACAGGCAGAGAAACUGUUGCAGAACCAGCACCAGAGCCUGGCCUCUGAGGACACCAAAAAGAAGAGGGCUCAGAAACCUUCUCACAUGAGGAGGAACAUAAGAAAGCUGCUGCGGGAAGACCAGUUGGAGGCUGUGACAAAAGCAGCACAGCAGGAAGAACUGGAAAGAAGAAAACGGCUGGAGCAGCAAAGGAAGGACUACCAAGCCAGCAUCCCCACUGUACCUUUAGAGUUUCUCCCAGAGGAAAUUGCUUUACGAACUGCAGAAGUUGCUCAGCUUCCCCCUCAAGUGCUAAAUGAAGAGGUCAUCUGCUUAGACAGCACCAGCAGUGGUAGUGAGGAUGACUCCAAAGUAAGACUCCACAGCAUUAAAGAUGAAGUGAUAGAAUUAAGUUCAGGAGACGAUGAAGCCCUCCACAUUGUAGACAGCAGUGAUUCUGGCAACGAAGGGGAUGAUGAUACUGAAGAGAGCAGUGGUGCCCACGUGAAUGAUGCUCUAAAUCAGUUAGAUGCUUCAGGGCAAGUAAUUAUUAACAUCAACCAUCCACCAAAUGAGGAAGAUCUAUAUCUGGCUCCUCAACUUGCACGAGCAGUAAAGCCUCACCAGAUUGGUGGUAUUCGUUUCCUGUAUGAUAAUUUGGUGGAAUCCCUGGAUAGAUUUAAAACCAGCAGUGGGUUUGGCUGCAUCUUAGCUCAUAGCAUGGGGCUGGGCAAGACUCUGCAAGUCAUCUCCUUUUUGGAAGUACUUUUCCGUCAUAUUGAAGCAAAGACCGUCCUGGCAAUUGUACCUGUAAAUACUCUUCAGAACUGGUUAGCAGAGUUCAACAUGUGGCUUCCAGCACCAGAAGCUCUUCCUGCUGACUAUGACCCAAAAGAGAUUCAGCCUCGCACUUUUAAAGUCCACAUUUUGAAUGAUGAACACAAGACCACUGCAGCACGUGCCAAAGUGGUAACUGAGUGGGUAACAGAUGGUGGUGUACUGUUGAUGGGUUAUGAGAUGUACCGCUUGCUUUCAUUGAAGAAAUCCUUUGCUACGGGCAGAAAGAAGAAAAGCAAAAAGCAAACUGGCCCUGUCAUUAUUGAUGUGGAUGAAGAAGAUCGUCAGCAGGAGCUCUUAAAAGGAAUUGAGAAAGCUUUAUCCCGGCCUGGACCAGAUGUGGUCAUUUGUGAUGAGGGACACCGGAUAAAGAAUUGUCAUGCAAGCACCUCUCAGGCUUUGAAAAACAUCAGAUCUCGGCGAAGGGUAGUUCUGACUGGCUAUCCUCUGCAGAACAAUCUAAUUGAAUAUUGGUGUAUGGUAGACUUUGUACGCCCCGACUUUCUUGGUACCCGGCAGGAAUUCAGUAAUAUGUUUGAGCGCCCUAUCCUGAAUGGACAGUGUAUUGACAGCACCCCCCAAGAUGUUCGUCUAAUGAGGUAUCGCAGUCAUGUCCUGCACAGCCUGUUGGAAGGCUUUGUACAAAGACGAGGGCACAAUGUGCUGAAAAUUCAGCUUCCCUAUAAGGAAGAACAUGUUAUCUUAGUGCGUUUGUCAAAAAUCCAGCGGGCUCUUUAUACUGAGUUCAUGAAUAGGUUUCGUGAUGCAGGCAACAGCGGCUGGCUGGGACUGAAUCCACUUAAAGCUUUCUGUGUUUGUUGUAAGAUAUGGAAUCACCCUGAUGUGCUAUAUGAAGCAUUGCAAAAAGAAAAUUUAGCAAAUGAGCAAGAUCUGGAUGUAGAUGACCUUGGCACAGCUGGUACCAAUUCACGCUGCCAGUCACAGGGCAUAAAAGUGAAAACAGAGAGCAAUGCUCUGCCAUCUACAAUUGGGGAGGCUACCAAUAGCAAGUAUAUUCAGGGCAUUGGCUUCAGUCCAUUUCAGGAAAGAGCCAAUCAGGUUGUAACGUAUGAAUGGGCUAAAGAUAUCCUUUGUGAUUAUCAGACAGGAGUCUUACAAAAUUCACCUAAGAUGGUGCUAUUGUUUCAUCUAGUAGAAGAAAGUGUGAAACUUGGAGAUAAACUAUUGGUGUUCAGCCAAAGCCUUUCCACAUUGUCUGUCAUUGAAGAUUUCUUGGCAAAAAGGCCAGUGCCUUCUCCCCCAGGCUUGGAUGCACAAGGAAUCCAUAACUGGAUCCGAAAUGUGAAUUAUUAUAGAUUGGAUGGAAGUACCUCUGCCUCAGAGAGAGAACGAUUGAUUAACCAGUUCAAUGAUCCUAGCAACACUUCUAUUUGUCUCUUCCUUCUUUCAACAAGAGCUGGGUGUUUAGGUGUGAACCUUAUUGGUGCAAACAGAGUGAUAGUAUUUGAUGCUUCUUGGAAUCCAUGCCACGAUGCACAGGCAGUAUGUCGGGUAUAUCGCUAUGGACAGAAGAAGCCCUGCCACAUCUACCGGCUAGUUUCUGAUUACACUUUGGAAAAGAAAAUUUAUGACCGUCAGAUCUCCAAGCAAGGGAUGUCAGAUCGUGUUGUGGAUGAUUUGAAUCCAGUGUUGAACUUUACCAGGAGGGAGGUGGAAAACUUGCUGCACUUCGUGGAAGAGGAAUCUGAGCCUGCCCAGCUUUCAUUUAACCCCAGUAAGAUCAAGGAAUCUGUUUUACAGCUGGCCUGUCUCAAGUACCCUCACCUCAUCACCAAGGAGCCUUUCCAGCACGAGUCCCUGCUAAUCGAUCGUAAAGAGCACAAGCUCACCAAGGCAGAGAAAAAAGCUGCAAAAAAAAGCUAUGAGGAAGAAAAGCGCGCAUCUGUCCCUUAUACCCGUCCUUCCUAUGCUCAGUAUUACCCAGCCACUGACCAGAAUCUGACAAAUAUUCCUGCCUUCAAUCAAAGGAACUGGCGACCAAGCCUGAAAGGUGAGGACCGGCCAGUGGCAAGCGUGCGUCCUGUUCAGUCAACCCCUAUUCCGAUGAUGCCUCGUCAUGUUCCCUUAGGUAGUAUGGGAGCAGCUUCAGUUUCCAAUCCUGCUAUUAACUUCCCCAUCAAUUAUCUGCAACGAGCUGGUGUUCUCGUGCAGAAGAUUGUCACCACAACAGAUAUAGUGAUUCCAGGUACGAACACUUCCACAGAUGUGCAGGCAAGAAUCAGCGCUGGUGAAAGCAUACAUAUUAUCCGUGGGACUAAAGGAACAUACAUCCGGACCAGUGAUGGGCGGAUCUUUGCUAUCCGAACUACUGGCAAGCCAAAGGGCAGUGAAGAUCAUCGCAUGGUUGCUUCAGGAUCCCAGGGUCCAUCUGUUGAAUCCACAAGCAAUGGCAGACACAAUGCCUCAUCACCCAAACUUCCCAACCCAGAGGAGCUCACUCGACCUAUUUCGCCAGACAGUCCUGAAAUCAUCAGCGAACUGCAGCAAUAUGCAGAGGCGGCAGCUGCCCGUGAGUCCAAACACAAUUCUCCCACCACCAAUACGACACCUGGAUACCCCACUCGGAAAGACAAUGCAGCCCACACGACAGCUUGUGGAACUGAGCAGCGAGUAGGGACCCACGGUUUGGCUUCUUCCUCAGCCUUGCCAGCCACUAGUCAACAUGUUGACAGCCACUCAGUGCUGGACUUACGAGGGAAUAAGCGUAAGUCAAGUUCACCAUCUGGUCCAGAUGAGCAAGCCCAUCGCCAGCAGAAGAAACGCUCACUGCCAACAACAGGUCAACCAUAUGAAAGUGGGUACCCUGUCUCUGGUGGGUUCACCAUGCCCUCUGUCCCUUUAAACCACAACUUAACCCAUCCAUUUGCUCCCCAAGCAGGCAACUCAUUGUACAUGGGCACAGGCUCCUCCUAUUACCAGCUGCCUAGCUUGCUAUCAGAUCCUCAUCUGAUGUUCCCUGUGACUACUGACCCUCUGCUGACAGCGGGCACUGCUAGUUCUUCUGCUGCUACCUCAGCCACCGCCAGUGUCCCCUCUUUCAUGUUAAACCCCUCCAUGACGGGGGUGCUCUCCAACUAUUCGCUGCCCUUCUCACAGUCACUCCUCUCUGAGCCCAGGAUGUUUGCUCCUUUUCCAACCCCUGUCUUAUCCAGCAGCCUUCCCAGGAGCAUGGCAUCUGCCUACCCUGGCUUCAUGUCACCUCACACGGGAUAUCCAGCGGGGGGCCUCCUUCGGUCUCAGGUGCCUCCAUUUGACACCCGUGAGGUCUCUGAGGUGGGCUGCAGCUCCAACGAGGAUGAGGACAAAGAUGAUGAUGUAAUAGAAAUCACAGGGAAGUAAUGGGCCUAGUCACUUCUUAUAGAUUGCAUCUUUGGUCAGGAGGCAAAAAUUCCUUGCUGGACCUUUCUGGGGUCAGGAUUUUAUAUCUAGAACACAGCAGAAGUGGAGAAGGAGGAGGCUGGAAAGGAAAUGGCAUGUUUAGUUGUCAAAGAUCUGCUUUGUAUGGGAACUGAAUUGAAUGGACACCCCUCCCCUAGGAGUGGGGAGAAACAAGAGUUGGGCAAGGGAAGUAUCACUGCAAACCACAGGAGUGCCUCCUUGACUUUUCCCUCCCAUGCUGUCUGUGUUGUCCAAAAGGAAGACUUGCCAUUAAUAUUUCAGUGCCCUUUGUUAGACUGGAGACAUCGGGCUGAUUUUUUUUUUUUUUUGGUGUCUAUGGAAUAACACUCAUACACAAACGGCCUUAUCUGAGAAAGUUCAUUGUCCCAUGAUCAAAAGCAGGAGAUUUUGUGCCCUAAGAAACCUGAGAAUGAAUUGCAUUCUUAAUGGAGGGAGGGAGGUGGGAAAGGAAGGAGCAGGCAACAUGUCAUAUGUAGGUGGGAGGGAAGGGGUGGGCAGGGUCUGUGUGAAAAUGAAUUUUUCAUCUUUCUGAACGUUCAAGGCAAAUUAGUCCAGUGCCCUUCAUCCAGGCCCUCGUGGAGUGGUGGCAGGAGUUGGAGAGAUGGGGUGCAAAUAUGGACUGCCCUACCACCUUCUCUAAGAGUUGCGUUUGAAGACGGGGAGGGCCAUUGGUGGGUCCGUUUCUUCUGGUUUCUUCAGCACCAUUGGGUUAGGACUUGUGUCAAUCGUUUAGUGAGGUAGUGCUUGAUGGAGACAUUUUAAGGCUUUCCCCAGUUCCCCAUCUAGCUUUUUUUAGUGAUUACUCUCCUGCUGCUCCUCCUUCUCCCCCUUUGAAACGAUGAUGAGCCUGCAGGUCUGGCAAAAGAAACAAGCUGUCAGAUUUCUGUUGACCAGAAUGAAGUGGACUUCCUGCUAAAGGGGUUUGCUUGAGCUCCUUGUACCUGCUGCCAGAGUUUUUAUUGACACUGACUGGAUGACCUCCCUCCUCCAUAGAACUCUUGUUUUAAUUUAUUUCAUGAAAGUGAAGUAUUUAUUGGGGAACUAUUUCCCGCUUCUUCCUUGCUAAAAGCAGUUAGGUUGUUUAUAGUCUGGCCUGUUUGAGAAAGGAAUAAAGCGACAAGUAGAUUGCUUGACAAAUGCAGGGGUGUUUUAUAGGGCCAAGGCAGAAUUACCCCCACCCCUGUGCUUCAUUGGGGAGACUGGGGGCCAGGGGCAUUAUUUGGCUAGAGCUUUGUUUAUUCUCUAGUUUUUUCCCUUACAAUGGGCAACAGGGAGGUUGGUGUUUGAAGUGGCUCUCUCAUCAGUCAGAGACAUGGAUUUUUUAAACUAGGUUCCUGCCAUUCCAGUGGUUUAAUAGUAAAAAAGCUAAAGCUUUGCAGAGGAAAGUCCCCUCUAUAUUGUUGCUAGUAUCUGGCCCAAGUUUUUAUAAUACGUUGCCACAGAAGUGUGGAAGGAGAAGCCAUUUAUUUUCAUAGAAGGCUUAACAAUAGAAGGAAGUUGCAGAGAUUUGGCAUAGAAAUCGACAUUUGCCUUCCUCUCUAUGGUGCAGGAAAGGGAGACGGUGGUACCUCUGAGGGGGGAGAUGAUGGAAUAAUCCCCUCCCUGUUUGUCCUUAAAAGAUUACACCGGCUAAAAUGGUGUUUUAUAAGACAUUGUCAUUCCAAAGACAAGGGAGGAGGCCCUUGCACUCCCAUGACGAGGAGUCAGUGAGAGCACUGCUAAGAAAACCUUCCCAGGAUGGUGGCUCACAUCCUGUUCUCACCUUAUCUUUGUUCUGUGGUUGCUGCAAAGAAGACAGUGGAUCCACUGAAGUGGUUAAAAUUGCCAGGCUUCCCCACCUCCCACCCCAAUCAUGAAGAACUUUCUCUCUUUCGUGCGUCAUACCUCUCCGUGAAAAGUUUGAACUCCACGUGAUUUGAAUGGAGGUAAUGUGAGAAUUGAGCCUUUGCUCAUCCCUAUAAAAGACCUACCAGACCCCUUAGUUAAAGAGGUCGUGGCUACUUGUUUUUUCAUAUGGUGAAUCAGAAAUGAUUCUGAGAGAAAGCGCUGCGUGGGUACGACUGUGUGGAUGUGUAUACUUUUAUGUACCAUUAAAAAGCAUGUAAAGUUGGGCUUUCUGACUAUCUUUCUCUGCUAACUGGGCACUGUCUGUCAGGCCCGACUUCACCAUUUGUAGAAGCCUUAGAUUUAAAGUUAGCUAUGCAAAUUACUUUAAUUAUUUUAAAAUAAAAACAUUAAAAUAGUGCUUUCUUCUUUAACAUAUCCUAGGAGUUGAAAACCGAGGGGUUCUGAGCAAACUUCUGGACAACUUGUCUUUGGAUGCACCAUGGGAUUAAAAAAAAACAAAAAACACAAACACAACCCCCCCACAAAAAUAACAAAGCAAAUUAACUGAUGGUGUCCAUUCGAGUUUCUCCAAAGACUUGGCCUUGGUACGUCUGUGAGUCAUGCCCUUUUGUGAUUUGUAUGUGUCCACCUCAUGCAAAAUAAUGACGGCACUGAUUGUACUGUAAACUGCAACCCUCUAGGUUGACUCGGGAACUGGAUCUAGGCAAGGGGGCUUAUGCCUAAGCAGCUAAGCAAUUUUUGGUGAAGGAUUUUCAUUUUUUUCUCCCUUCAGGUUUCAGGCAGGCCCAAUAUUCAGUAUAGUGAGUUUUGGGCAGCAGAGCUGAUAACAAUUCAAGUAAUCCUACUAGCUCCUGUCUUGACUUCCAUGGAGUAAUGGGGCAGUCAAGACAAGCUAAUACGUUUUAUAUACUAUUAACUUCAGACUGCUGCUUCCCGAUUCUCUUGUCUCUUUUGAACAUCAUAGCUGAGCACAGAAGAGUCACCAGACUUGACAGGCUUUGAGGACAUCCUUACUGUAAAAUAUGGGAUGUUUGAUUAGGAGAAUAGAUGCAGCUGUGAUUAAGUAGACCAGGCUCUAUAGUCAUCUUUUAAAUAGGACUGGAAGAUAAGGUAUUAGCUGUAGGAAAUGGUGUACACCUGUAAUUUACUAGUCUGACCACUGGAUGGCAAUGUUGCAUCACUUGGAUGAUUACUAGAUUUUAACAAUACAAUAUUUUUAAAAAUUGGCUUUUGUACUUGGGUGAGAAAAGUAUAAAAAUGUAAGUCUGAUUGUGUACAUCUUUCUUUUCUCUCUCUAUCUCCCUCCCUCUCUUUUUCUUUCUUGUCAUUUCUCUUUCCCCUAAAAUGUUUAUGUUAGUGGAUUGCUUGAACAUAAUUCUUCCACUGACAGGGUCCAUUCGGGGUCUCUCUCUCUCUUUCUCUCUCUCUCCCUUUCUUGCUCUCUCUCUCUCUCUCACACACACACACACACACACCUACCUUCAGUUAGACCAGCCACUUUCUGUGAGCUUUGGAAAGAAACAUAUUUGGGGCAGAUUCCUCUACUUCAGCAAGUGCCUGACCUGUGUCUCCUUCUAAUAAUAGGGGGUUUAAAUGUAAUUGGUCUCCUAGAGAUUAAAAUGCAUUCCCAGCACUUGCCAAGAGAGAACAGUGUUGCCACUGGCAAUGAAGACGGCAUUCUUCUGCUUUGCACCCUUCUUGCUUCUAGAGAGCAUCAAAAACACCCUCUUUCUCAUAUAUGAAUUCUCCCACGCAUUCAACAUCCUUAGGAAGGUGUGGCUUCUAGAAACAAAGGGUGGCUGUUGUGCCUUGUUUGUGAAGAACAGAGAAUGCUUGACUUGGGAGUUGAGUCAGAACAGCACAGUGACUUACGUAGUAUAAUGUCAGAAUGGUCCCUUCCUUGAUGCACUGUAAUUUCCAAGAAUGUAGUGGCUGCUCAGAAGCAGCAUAUGUGUUUGUGUUGCGAGAUCUCUGAAUUCAACUAUUCCUUUUAUCUCAAGGAUAAUUCUUUUCCCCUUGCUGGCUUUUUGUUAGAUCUACUUGCCAGGGUCUGUGCAAUUUGCACUGCUAAAUUUCAGACCACAAAAGAAACGAGGAGGAAUACACAUAUUCUGAAUUUACAGGUGGAGCUGAGAUACCAUUAGAUAUGCUUGGCUAAGGUCUUGGGAUACUUAGGAAGGUUCUUGCAUUCCCCGGCUGUUUUGGAUCUGCAUGUAAUCUUUGGAUCUUCCUUGAUAAACCAUACAUUGCAAUAUUUCUCUGCGCUUUAGAGCAACAGCACUGUACCAGAUUGGUGUGGUACACAACAACACUUGAUCCCCUUAAUAAAUGCUUAGGGUAAAAGAGGUGACCUUAAACUGUGAUAUUUUACAGACCUUGCUACUAUGUUCAGUUUCACUCCAAUUCUGGCAGUAUACAAUUUAAAAUUGACAAAAGAUCAUCUUGUUUAGACAUAGAUUUCCUAUGAUGAAUUAUUUUUUUGGUGAGAAUAACACUGGAGGACUUCUCCCCAACCAUAUUAAGAAUUGCCCACAUGUCUGCAUGCUAAUUACUGCUCUCUAUCUCCAUGUGACCAAGAUACGGAAAUGAGAAGCGCUGUCCACAGAGGGCAGGUUUGAUAUUAAAGUGCUCCUACAGAAUUGCAUUCUGUGGGACACAGUUAUAUGGACAUAGAGGGGACAGUUUAAGGAGAAAAAAAAAUCUGACUACAAUCUCUAUCAAGGAAUCCCAGGAAUAUGCAAGCUUCCUCUCUUAAAAUAAUGAUCUUAUUGAUUGUUCUAUCCGAAUUAUGUAACUGAUGGCAGCAGUGCAAAUGUUUCUUGCAAGAUCUCAAGUCAAAUGAAAAUUUACUAUAAUUACAUAUAUUUGCACUGAAAUCCUGAUUUAGGCAUUGUAAAUAUAAUUAUUAAACUGGAGAAUGGUUGAUCUUAGCUCCAUUAAACCAAGGGAAAUAUACACCAGUAGAUUAAAACAAAAUCGUGUCUUAUUUAAUACCAAAACCAUAUUAUAUCAAGUCUGGGGAUUUAUAAGGACAUUUUUGGGAAUGCUUGCUCCUUGUAACUCAAUCAGGAAAGCAGUAGGGAAGAUAUUUGCAAGUUUAGGGAGGAUCAACAGAAAUAGAAAUUGAGAGCUGGAAGGAGAGAAGGAGAAGGAGUCUUUUUUUGUGUGUGUGCUCUUUAUUGAAACAAGACCACUAACAGCUGCCCACAGCUGCAUUGCUUCUUCUUGGGUCCUAUAUUAUUAGUUUCCCUGUUUAUGUUCUCUGUCCCUCCAUUAAAUCUAUUUGUACAGGGGAGCCAAAUGAAUUGAAUGGUUUUCUUGGUUUGUUUUUUGUUCUGCCUUUAGUUUGUGGCCUGUGCUUUGUGGUUGAAAUAACAAGACAUUUCUGUAGCAGGGUCAGUUGGUUGGCUGGUUGCACGCAUGGGAUAUGUGCUUCCCUCAUCUCUCUGUCCAAUGGGAUGUGCUCACCCAAUCUCCCAGAGCAGAGACAUUGAACAAUUUUGUUGUUUAUAUGAUGUAUUUAUUUUUACUUGUGUUUCAUGUCAUUUUUUUAAAAAAAUAAAUAAAUUGUAAGUUGGUAUAAUGCCUA